GCCAUGCGGUGCAGCUCCCCGGCUCUGGUGGUGGCUCUGGCACUGGCGCUGGUCGCGCCGGCGACCUGCGCCGUCGCCGGCCUGACCAAAUCGAAGCUGUGCGCGUCAUCGCAUCACGCGUGCCCGCACAGCGGCCGGUGCAUCGCCAAGACGGCGCUGUGCGACGGCCACUCGGACUGCGAGGACGGCUCGGACGAGGCCGGCUGCGGCCUCACCGACUGCGUGGGCGACCUGUUCACCUGCCCGAGCGGCAAGUGCGUGCGCCCGCUCUGGCGCUGCGACGGCGACGACGACUGCGGCGACGGCUCCGACGAGGCCGACUGCGACGUCGGCACGUGCGCGCCGGGCCUGCACCGGUGCGGCGACGGCCGCUGUCUGCAGGGCUCGUGGCGCUGCGACGGCGACCGUGACUGUCGCGACGGCUCCGACGAGGCCGACUGCGACGUCGGCUGUCCGACUUCCGCCCUUGUCUGCCCCGACAAAACCUGCGUGCUGGAAACGGCCGUGUGCGACGGCACCAACGACUGUGCUGACGGCUCCGACGAGGCCAACUGCGAGACCAGCACGUGCAAGCCGGGCCAGUUCCGCUGCCGUGGCGGAACCUGCAUCCCUGAGCGAUGGCGCUGUGACGACGAUCCGGACUGCUCCGACGGCUCGGACGAGACCGGCUGUGAAGCGCAGCAGUGCGACGCCGGCCAGUUCCGCUGCGCCAACAACGGCAACUGGAGCUGCAUUCCCACCAGGUGGACGUGCGACGGCGAGGCCGACUGCGCUGACCGGUCAGACGAGGCCAACUGCCCGCGGAAGGCGUGCAACCACGACCAGUUCGACUGCGGUGACGAGUGCAUCAUCAUCGUGGGCCGGUGCGACGGCGCCAGGGACUGCACCGACGGCAGGGACGAGCGCAACUGCUCGCAGAGCGAGUGUCGUUUGCUGCGCUGCGCAGACGGCUCCUGCUUCUCCUUCUCACAUCGCUGCGACGGGGAUGCCAACUGCGCCGACGGCAGCGACGAGGUCGACUGCGGCCGCUGCGAGAAGGGCCACUAUCAGUGCGGCGACGGCUGCGUGCCGGCGGCGGAGACGUGCGCCGCCGGACUCGAGUGCAGCCAGGACCAGUUCGCCUGCGCCGGCGGUCGCUGCGUGAGCUACAGCCGUGUCUGCGACGGCGAGGACGACUGUGGCGACGGCUCGGACGAGGCCGGCUGCGGCAGCGGCAACUGCACGUCCGCCCGCUACUUCCCGUGCGGCAGCGGCUCCCGGUGCGUGCCGCGUCGUUGGCGCUGCGACGGCGAAGACGACUGUGGCGACGGCUCGGACGAGGCCGGCUGCCGCGCCGCGUCCACCUGCCCGCCGGAUAAGUUUGCCUGCGGGGACCGGCCGCAGUGCGUCGAGCGCCUGUGGGUCUGCGACGGCGAGCGGGACUGCACCGACGGCGCCGACGAGGUCGACUGCGGCAGUCCGGAGACGUGCGGCGCGCACUUCAGCUGCGACGGCGGCCGCUGCGUGCGCGCCGCCUGGGUCUGCGACAACGUCACCGACUGCCACGACGGCAGCGACGAGGCCGACUGCGGCCUGCCCGGCUCCUGCGGCGACGGCCAGGUGCUCUGCGCCGACGGCCGCUGCCUCGUCGCCGCCGCCCGCUGCAACGGCAUCGACGACUGCGGCGACGGCGCCGACGAGGCGGGCUGCGCCGAGAUGCGCCCGCCCGGACUGAAGCCUGGUGGCGGUCUGCCGGCCGACCAGGUCCGCCUAGCGCGCCAGUACUUGCAGCGGGCGUACGUGGCGCUACAGCGCAAGGACGCACCGACGGCCAUGCAGGCCAUCGUGAAGACCUUGCUGCUGCUGCCGGUGUUGGACGACCCGGCGGAGGCGAGCACCGUCGACCCGCUGCGAAUGCCCUAACCCGGAGCCGAACGCCGUCACCCUUGCGUGUCGAGCGGGGGUUCGAUGUUCAAACCUGUCCCAGAGCUGUUACGACUAACUGGCUGGAGAUCUUCCGCAUGGGAGUGGAAGAGCGCAUGCUCCUUAUUAGCAUCAGGGGCAGAAAUGUGGUGGUGCGAGAUCAAACAAGGCUGUCGGUUCGCCAAGGUUUUCGGUUGUCGGAUCCACGCAUGGGAGGGACGCGCUCGAUGUUGUCCGCGCCCCAUGUGUCAGUGCCGUGACGUGACCGGGCCUGGGCAGGAUGCAGCGGAUGGGAUCCACGUAUGGGAGGGACGCGCUCGGUGUUGUCCGCGCCCCAUGUGUCGGUGCCGUGACGUGACCGGGCCUGGGCAGGAUGCAGCAGAUGGCUACACUAUCGAACGCUCUGUUCAUGCGUCAGGAGACGAUAGUCAGCAUGGCAUCGCCAGUCGCCUCAUUGAUAAUGUGGUGUGACUCCUCACGGAUGGCGGCCUCACCAUGCUGGUAUGCUGCCAUGUACAUUACUACCACAUAAUUUUACCACAAGCAGACAAAUGUUAGGGCAUUUUUUCUGUUAUUAGUGGGCAGACGAUAAACACUAACAACUCACGAGCUGUUUUACAGGCAGAGGUGUCGAUUCGUAUUCUGCUGAGGCGCUCCUAGCCCCUUGAUGUUGGUUUGGGCACCCAAUGUUGGUUGAGGUCAAUAUUUUGAGGCGGAUGUCACGAAAACGGAGUAAAACGUUAGGUAAAACAUUUAAACAUAUAUUUGGGGACAUUGGGUUGAAGGACUCCCGGGAUAUCCAGCCAAACAUUUACAGCAAUCGACUCCCUUGCUCACUAGUGUAGGUACAAACCACUGUAUAUGUGUUAGGCAAUGCAUUGUGCACAUGACUGCGGUUUAGACCUCUGCCUCCAGCUAUGUCUCACAACAAGUAAAGCUUGUCAUGGACGAAAGUUAUCCCGUUGCAUAAUUUUUGAGGCAGCUUAAUAAACUGUGUGCACACACUAUA